AUGCUUUUCCGAAAUAUGUCAAACAUCCCUGGAUGGCUAACACUUAGCGGAACCGAUAUGAAGUACCUACUUAUUGCCAACCUUUCCAUUAACUUCCAAAAAAUCGACUACGAGAAUCUGGCGAAUCUGACGAAUGUGAGCCCCAAGUAUGCUUCAAAGGCACAUCGAGUGGCCAUGAGAAACCUGCUCAACCUAUAUUCGACUGAUUUGAGUCUUUUGUCGACUUUAACCAAACAAAAAAAUGGCUUCUUUACAGAGGAUACAUCCGAGAGAAAGCAUUCAAAGCAUCCAAAGCACAAGACAUCAAUGUUGUUACCAGAUGGCUCCGAUGAAGGAAGCACAGUAGAGUCUUCUGAAUCAGAGAUCGACUCUCCAGAGAUCCAUCAAGCAAUCAAGAACAAAGGCCAGGCUAAGUACAAGGACAAAGGCACAAAAACGACUGAAAGCGAAAGCGAUAACGAGAACAGCGAGGUCGACGAGUCCCUACCGCACUUCAAACUUCCCAGGAUCCAACACCGGAAUACCAAGCAUGCUAGAAGGCACAGUUAUACCAGGCCCUCCGCAAUUGGAAGGAGUAGCAAGGGAGACAGUGCUCUCAACGCAGCCAUCAAGUCCUUGUCCACCCGGACAGAUCGUGCGAGCAGACAACACGAGCGUGGCGUGAAGCGUGACAGAAAUCCCGAGUUCCAAGAUAGAUCCACAGAAGAAAGUGCCGAGUCAUCGGCAGAGAUGAACUCCUCCCGUGCUAGUGACAGCGUCAAGCGCAAGAGACUUGAGAAAGCUAGUGGUUUAGCUAAUACCUCGAACAACGGGAGUGACAUUGAUGAAGAAGUCAGACACCGUUCUACUCGAGCAUCUGCUAAGGCUCCUUCGUCCAAGGCUAGGUCCCAGAAUGGGAAUCGCAAGAGGCUUGAUAAAACCAAUGAGCACGCCAGGUCCCCGAUCAAAGACGUCGUUGGAGAAGCUAUGGAUGGUCUUACUCUGGGGGGAGAUGGACCGAAGACAGAUGGGCGUACUGCGAGGAACACACAGUAUGAUAGCGGUGGUGAUUCUAUGGAUGAGGAUAAUGAGGAAUACGAGGAGUCUGAGGAGCGUGAAACUCGUUAG